AUGCCUCCAGCUCGCGACUCGAUAUCCAACCGCGGGGAUGAAGACGAGGUUUGCCCCGUCUGCAAGUCCUCGCGGUACUUGAACCCCGACAUGCGAUUCCUCAUCAACCCCGAGUGUUACCACAAAAUGUGCGAGUCAUGCGUGGACCGCAUAUUUUCGUCGGGGCCUGCCAACUGCCCCGUGGCAGGGUGUCAUAAGACUCUUCGCAAGAACCGGUUCCGGAAGCAGACCUUUGAAGACAUCAGCGUGGAACGAGAGGUGGAUAUUCGGCGUCGGGUGAUGCAAAUUCUCAACCGCCGGGAGGAGGAGUUCGAUUCUAAGCGCGCCUGGGACGACUUCCUCGAACAACGCGAAGAGAUCAUCGCCAACCUCGUGUAUGGCACCGACGUUGCGAAAACCGAAGCCGAUCUGCAAAAGUAUGCCGCCGAAAACAUGCACUCGAUCCGCGCGAACCAAGCCCUCGAAGCCCGCGAGGCGUCCUCCUUCCAGGAGCAACAGACUCACGAACAGGAGCUGGCCCGGCUGCGUCGCGAGGCCGCGCGAGAAGAAUACGAGAAGGAGCGCCGCGAGCUCCUUGCGGGCCGGGAAGAUGUUCUCAGCCGGCUGGCGGCGGGAAGGCCAGGCGAUGCGGCCGCCAUCGCGCGCGAAGGCCAGAAAGUGCUGCUCAAGAAAUCGUCGGCUCGGCGCAGCGAGGAGGAACGCAUCCGACAGAAGCAGGCUGCUCUGCGGAGCUCGGACGCAAAAAAGGCCGGUCAGGCGGGGAUGGUCGCGGCCGAAAAGGUCAGUGGAGAUUCUGGGCUUAUCAAGGGUCUCAAGAAGAUCAAGACCCCCGAGCCCGAGAAGCCUUACGAUCCCUUUGGUGGGCUGGCUCCCAACCAGCGGGACUAUUACACCCAGCGAGACUUCUACCCGUCGAGCUAUCUCGACGGGGUCAGACAAGACGUUCGCAUGCAGGCGGGCGGCUACAAUCUCCAGGAAUAUUACUCCCGGACGCUCAUGGAGGCGUUUGCUGGUUUGGGAUGCUUUGUGGAUGAAGAGGUAUCCAUGCGGGACGGAGCAGAUUCUCGGGGGAAUACCCCCGCGGUGGGAGCUUCCAUGGCGGCCGUCUCGGGCAGUGCAUAA